GUCACAAGUUAUGAAUACCACAGUCCGAGUCAAGUCACGAGUCAGAGGGCUGAGUGCUUGGGGGGAAACAUGUCAGUCGACAACGGUGGAGUGUUGCUGUGUAUAUUUCCUGGGAUAGAACCUAUCCUCUUCUCAGCUGCAAAAUCCACUUUGGUUUGAUUUGAUGUGCUUUUUCCCCAAUUCCUUCACUACUCACUACACAGUGCACUAUAUGAAACAUCUGCCACUUUGUAGAGCAGUCUGGAUCUACAAUUCCAAAAUCGAGUGCCCUAGAAUUUCCCAGAAGUCUUUGCAAAAAAAAAAGGAAUAAUAAAACAGUGGGCAUCAAUGCUCACUAGAUUGGUGAAUAUAGACCACAAUGCAUUGCGUUUGAACAAUGCUUGUGAGAAAAAGUGUUUUAAUUAUUUUUUUUAAUGAAGUCAUCCACAUUUUCAUCAUCAUAAUACACGGAAUUCAUAAACAGUCUUCAUAAACAGGUUUUUAUUUUGUGCCAUUUAAGAAAAGUAGUGAGAAUAGUGUGUGAAUUGCUUUUAAAAUCCAAGGUACUAUGUAAAAUCAACCACAAUAUAUAGUUUUUUUUAAGUAGUUUGGGAGAAGGGAAGGAGUUUGAACAUAUCAUUGCUUCUUCACUUUGUAGCAUAGGUGGACGUAGAUAGUAUCUUUGUACCGAGAAACAACAUACAUUUGAUGUAAAUAUUUGUUUCUUUUGAUUUAAGUAAAAUAGUGUCUGAAAAUGUUACCUUAAUUGCAAUAUUCCACUUCAUUGACACUUGCUGUGAUGUAAAUACGUGCAAAGAAUAUUAGCUGGUGAUAAACCGCAUCAUUAAAGUGUGAAGUAACAUGCCUCAAUUUAUACUUAGUAAUAAUAACGAUGUUGUAACUGGUAUAAUUUCUUUCAUUACUCUGUUACUUACCUUAUAGCGCCGUUAGUAACACCAUCAUGCUUAAACUGCGUUAUUCCCAGCACUGUUCUUGUCUUUCUUUACCUUCUGUUUGAGUUCCAUUGAUUCUCUUGGUAUUUUCUUCCAUGUUUUGUCUUUUUUCCUGCUCUUUUAAAAGUGUAGCAAAAAACUUCUUGAUUUCUCCUUUCUUUUUUUCCCAGUCGCUCAGAUAUCUUUGCUUCAGUUUAAGUUUAAAAAAAAAAUCUCUUUAAAGAGUCUCUCUUUGCUAGCUAACAUGCUGUUGCUGUUGACAGAAUAGUCCAUCAUUGCAGAGAGACAAAACCCUUUCUAAUAAGGAUUCUGAUACUAUUUCAGUGAUUUUAUUAUUUUUAUUACAGAAUUAACCAACAAUAGAUGUUGAAAUAAUUUGAAACAUUUUUUAUAAGGUUUUUUUUUUUAUUAGGUUUUCUCUCUUUUCAAAAAGUCAAGCAAUCACCUGCUUUUGCCCAAUGGUAAAUCCUCCCCAGGUUAGAUUCUUUUCCUCUUAAGUCAGGGUCACUGAACUGGACAACACAGAUUUAAUGAACGUGUGUCGAUGUCAAAGCAUCUAGUUUGCGCUGACGUAGACGGUGACACAGACACUCCACAGGUCGCAGCUCUUCCUGUCAGGCGUCUUCAGUGUAACAGUCUGCCAACAAACAAAGAAGAGGCAGCUCUGCAGCAAACCAUGGUCAAAUAAAGCACAUGAGAUUGAACACUUCCCAGCAAUACAUACUGAUAGAAAGCAUUAUGGGGGAAAACUUUUUGAAAAUCACUCAGUGCCUGAAAUUAAAAGACUGAUAUGUUUUUUGUGGAUGGGACGUAAAAAUAUACUAAACUAAAUAAACGGGAGCAUAGAAAAAAACAACCACAUCAUAUUUAAACUGUUCAAACCAGCAAAACAGAUGGCACUUCUGCAGAUAUUCAUUUAUUUCUACUACUUUUAUAAAGAAGAGCUAAAUCAGAUUUUUUUUUCUUAGAAAAGCUAAAUCAAAAAAAUAAAACAAAUAAUUUUUAAUGACAUCAUUGUUACAAACUCAACCUCUACCAAGUAACAAAAUAACGUUAUUCCUUGUUUGCUUCUAAAUGCACCGAAGUGUGAGAAAGUAAGAUGAUCCAGAAACUUCUGGCCUCUGAGUCACAGGAAAUGUUCCUCCAGUAGAAACCUCACGUUAGACUCAGAUUCAGGGGGAACAGCGUCCUGUUUGACAAAGCACAGGUUAUGUCCUCGGACGACCUCUGAGGUGAGCUGACUGAUUGUCUCGUUACCGGAGUAAAUACGGUCUGAGUGACAUCAGAGCGGCGCCUGUAUAAAGCCUCCCGGUUACAGUACAAUCACACAUUCAGCUGCCAGGCUUUUGACUGCAGGCGUCUUUACCUUCUUCAGCUUCUAUCACCAAAAUCCAGAGUCUUCAGCACCAUGGUCAGCAGCAGGAUGCUGCUCCUCAGCGCCUCCUGCUGGCUGCUGGUGGCUUUGGGGAGCUGUGAGGAGCAGAUAGAGGAGCGCUCGCCUGAGUUUGAAGUCUUCAAGACUCAAGAGGAGAAGGAGCUGAUUGAAGCUCUGCAGGAAGUUCUGGAGAAGCUGAGGAACAAACAGCUGCCCUCAUCAGAGAAGAAGCUGGGCUGGCUUCCCCCUUGCGAUGCAGGUGAACAGUGUGCUGUGCGGAAAGGCUCCAGGGUCGGGAAGAUGUGUGGAUGUCCCAGAGGGACGGAGUGUAACUUCAGCAUCCUCAAGUGUCUGUAGAGCUCCACAUUUAAACCUUCUGCUGAUCCAAAAUGAAAAUAAAGUUUUUAAAAACAUUAA